AUGAUUUUGGAGGUCCUGGAUUCAGACAAACUGCCACCUGAGACAGACAGCGCCUCAGAGGGGGAGGAGGAGAAGGAGGAGUCAUGUUUAGGUCGUAACCCAGAAGCCUUCAGGUCGAAGAGGUCAGGCGAGGUCAAAGGCUGGCACAGUAAAGGCUGCAACUGUAAACGCUCUGGCUGCCUUAAGAACUACUGCGAGUGCUAUGAGGCCAACAUCAUGUGUACCUCAAGCUGUAAAUGUGUUGGCUGUAGAAACUAUGACGACAGCUCAGAAAUGGGCCUCAAAGAGAAGAACAAAUGGCCUGUGUCACUGAUAACCCCGGCUGUGGUGGAGGCUGCGUGUGGCUGUCUGCUGGCCCAGGCUGAGGAGGCUGAGAGCGAGGCCCAGAGCCUUGCCCAGGCUGAGCGCAUGGUCCUGGUGGGGUUCAGUCACUGUCUCAGACAGAUUAUCAAGGCCAUGUUCAAGAACAAUGCAAACUAACGCUGUGGAAACAUGUCUGGGUCAUACUUCACCUGCUUAGGGUCCAAGAUAAACAGCUGUGUUUUCAGCUGGACCAACAUGAACGUUUAAAGUCACACUGUGGAGUUUGGAAGGCUUUACAGAUGACUUUUUAAGCUAUGCAGUUUAAAGACUGACAUGUGGCAACAGCA